AUGCUCUUCCACUGGGCAUUGACCUUGGUGCCUCUGCUUGUGCAAGUCAAGGCUUAUUUCCUUCCCUUGGAUCGGUCGCUUGGCCAGUCGUUAGACAUCAGAGGCCUUGCAGACUUCAAUUUUGUUGCGGGAGGUGCUGGUUCUUCCACCGAUGACCAGAAGAACCAGAUUGACAAAUGGCUCAAAGACAUCGAAUACCUCGCCGGCAAGGCCGUUGACAAGCUCAAUAACUACGCCACCAGCAGACAUGUGGCUUUCAGCGCAAGAGCCUUCAUAGGGUUAUUUUACAAUUUCCAGGGGGGAUGGUUCGGAGACCUCAAGGUGUUGGCAUCAACUGGAAGAGGAGGCACAAUUGCCAACUCGUGGCUCUUCUGCGGCGACAACUUCCAGGAAAUGAGGUCGGGUUCCGACUGGGUUCAAAAACCUGAUGGCUCGUUUUACACCAGACUGAAUGCACAGAAUCAGAAGGAGAAUGUGAAAAUCAGGGAUAUACCCACAUUUACCCCCUAUAUAGUGGACAAAGGGCUUGUACCCAUCUGGAUCCCGGCCAUGGGAGGGUAUGCCUUUGCUGUUCCAGGAAAAUUCACGCCAGGAUCUCCAGGCUCGGAGUGCACAAAGUCCUAUGCUUUUACUACGCCUGUGGCGGGUAAUAGGCGUUUGUUUGUGCUCUGCCAUCCUCGAGGGACCCAAGGUGGCAGUCUCUUUACCGACUUGGCUGGAGACGUUAUCAACGGUACCACGGCCCGAAGCGGCCAGUUGAUGGAUGCACACUUCUCUCGUAGUGGUGCUCUUAUGCAUGAGAUGUUCCAUGCCGUAGCAGGAGCAGGCCAAGCUCCGGACGUAAACAACAACCAUCUCGAGUGCUUCCACGGCGGGUUAAGUAAAAACGGCAGAACACCUGAGGGAUCUAGGAAGAGCCCGCAGUGCCUUGUUGAGUUUGCCAUGGCCAUGCAUUACCUGGACCAAAACCCUGGCAACCCAUGGGUUUUUUUGGAGAGGCCCAGCUGA